CCACGUGGCCGCCUAAGGGCAAGUGCUGAGCAGCGACAGAAGCCAGCCCCGGAGGCCGACGAGGGCGGAGUAGGAAAGGCCAGCGUCAACCCGGGUGCCCACCCCCAGCGAUGGGCGUGCAGCCCCCCAACUUCUCCUGGGUGCUCCCGGGACGGCUGGCAGGGCUGGCGCUGCCGCGGCAACCCGCGCACUACCAGUUCCUGCUGGACCUGGGCGUGCGGCACCUGGUGUCCCUGACCGAGCGCGGGCCCCCUCACAGCGACAGCUGUCCCGGCCUCACGCUGCACCGGCUGCGCAUCCCUGACUUUUGCCCGCCGGCCCCAGAACAGAUAGACCGAUUUGUGAAGAUCGUGGACGAGGCCAAUGCCCGGGGAGAGGCCGUCGGAGUGCACUGUGCCCUGGGCUUUGGCCGCACUGGCACCAUGUUGGCCUGCUACCUGGUGAAGGAACGGGGCUUGGCUGCGGGAGAUGCCAUUGCUGAGAUUCGGCGCCUGCGACCGGGAUCCAUUGAGACAUAUGAACAAGAGAAAGCCGUCUUCCAGUUCUACCAGCGAACAAAAUAAGAGACGGAAGCAUGUGCGCAUGCGCACACACACCUGCUGCCUAUGGAAAAUGUGGCCAGGAAGGAGCGGAACUGGCCUUGAAGUAGGUUGAAGUAUUACAACCUUCAGCUCUCUUUGGCUCCUAUUGGACAGAAGUUGUCUUUCCCUAAAGCCAUCACCUGAUUGACAGGAUGGCUGAGAGCCUAUGAAAAUGAGUUAAUAACCAAAAAGGACUCAUUUUUUACUGCAUAGCAUUUACACAACACUCCCAAUACAUCAACUUCAUGGAACCUUGUAUUGUGGAAAGGACAAAAACCAUCUCUAUUCUUUGAAUGAGGUGGCUACAUCUCAGAAAGGUCUGAGGUCACACAGUUCUGGAAAACAGAAGGAUGGGCCCAGACUGCAACACACGCCUUUAUCUCCUGGAAGGUACACUGUUCCCUGACUAUCUGUGAUAUGAUUUCUGGAGAAAUGGUCAGUGAAAGAGGCCCAUGUCUCUGGCUACCGAGGCUCUAAGUAGCCUCAGGGCUCUGCACUCUCAUAUCAGGAGUACCCUGGUCAAUAUCACCCCUAUGUAGGUUCAUUUGCUCCACCUGAGUCACUUCUGUUCCUCUAAGGAUACAGAAGACCUGGGUGUCAUGCUCACAGAUGAUCUCUGUCUGUCUCUCUCCCUUUCUCUGUCUGUCUCUCUGUCUCUGCCUCUCUCCCUCUCCAUCUCUGCCUCUCUUGCUCGCUCUCUCUCCAGGGCUGCACACCAGCCUCAGAUGCACUCAGCUCAUCUAUUGCCUCCAGCACCCAUGUUGUCCCCAGCCUCAGACCGAGGGAUGCUGUACUGAGUCUUGGUGGUCAUACAGAGUAGCUGUUAAGUAAGGAAAUAAAUAACGUUGAGGCUGUG